AAACGGAGAAGCUGCUCGAAAAGGCGAUAAACACUCUUAAGAAUCAUUUAUUAUUGUUUUCAUUUUUUUAAUUCAAUAAUUAAGCUUUAAAAGACAAGGAGACCAGCUACCUACCAUUCCAAGUGCAAAAAUACAGGAAAGCAUUUAUUCAGAUCUUUACAGCAUACAAAUGGGUCACCGCUUCUCAAAACGCAGACCGGCGGGCACAGACAGCUUGCCCCCAGGCCGCUUUUCAGUCAGCGAAGAGGCACCGCCCCAUUAUUCUUCUUACAACUCCAGCAGUGAGACGAGUAUUACCAUGGAGACACCAAGACAAAGGACAUCAGAGGUUCGGGACUCAAGCUCAAGGCAGGAUGGUAGACGACCUUCCAUAUACAGCACCAUGGAUGCCAUGCCACACCUGGAGUUUUAUGCCAAUGCUACUGCCACAGGUCGCAUCAGGCGCAGUAGACCAUCACUGGAGACUCUUCGCAAGACUAUUGAUGAUGGCGAAUCUGGAAGUAACACGGGCGAUUCAGGUACAGGAAGUAUUUCAGUGAUCCAGGAAAGUGGAAAUGGAUCAGAGAAAAGUGGGUCAGAAGGAAAGACCUCCCAGCCAGUGCGCUUUGGAUGGGUCACUGGGGUUAUGAUUCGCUGUAUGUUGAAUAUCUGGGGAGUCAUUCUAUUCUUACGAUUGUCUUGGAUUACAUCUCAAGCUGGGAUCAUUCUUACAUGGGUAAUUAUUUCCAUGUCAGUCCUUGUGACCUCAGUAACUGCAUUGUCUGUAUCUGCCAUAUCCACCAAUGGGAGAGUCUCUUCUGGUGGUGCAUACUUUAUGAUCUCUCGUACUCUGGGUCCUGAGUUGGGGGGUCCUAUCGGUGUAGUGUUUUCUUUCGCAAACGCCCUUGCUUGUGCACUCAACACAGUGGGGUUUUCCGAGACAGUCAGAGAUCUUCUCAUUGAGUAUAAUGCCCAAAUUGUGGAUCCAGUCAACGAUGUCCGAAUAGUCGGUUCCAUCACAGUUACUGUGCUUCUUCUCAUCUCAUUGGCUGGGAUGGAGUGGGAGUCAAAGACUCAGAUCUUGUUCUUCUUGGUUCUAAUGGUGUCUUUCACCAACUAUUUUGUUGGCACUGUGAUUCCAGCAACACCCAAGAAGCAGUCGAUGGGUUUCUUCAGUUACCGCAGUGAGAUCUUUAUGGAGAACCUGUUUCCAGACUGGAGAGGGCAAGAUGGUGACUUCUUUAGAAUGUUUGCUAUUUUCUUCCCAUCGGCCAUUGGAAUCCUUGCUGGAGCCAACAUAUCAGGUGAUCUAAAGGAGCCCGAGAUUGCAAUCCCAAAAGGUACACUGAUGGCCAUAUUCUGUACCACCCUGAGCUAUUUAGCCAUAUCCUCAACAGUGGGGGCGUGUGUGGUGCGCGAUGCCUCUGGUAACAUGAACGAUAGUUUGCCACUGAACUCCACUGAACUGUGUGAGGGUUUGGGCUGCCAUCUGGGCUGGAACUUCACUGAGUGCGAGCAAAGCCGCACCUGCUCCUACGGCCUUGCCAACAAUUUCCAGGUGCUGAUCCAGGUCUCUGGGUUUGGUCCGUUGAUCUAUGCAGGCAUAUUUGCGGCCACCCUGUCAUCUGCCCUUGCAUUCCUAGUCUCCGCCCCCAAAAUUUUCCAGUGUCUCUGUAAGGACAAAAUCUACCCGUACAUUGGCUUCUUUGCAAAGGGUUAUGGGAAAAACAAUGAACCACUACGUGCCUAUGUUCUAUGUUACAUCAUUGCACUGUGCUUCAUUCUGAUUGCUGAGCUGAACACAAUCGCUCCUCUCAUCUCCAACUUCUUCCUGUGUUCUUAUGCUCUCAUCAACUUCAGCUGUUUCCACGCAUCUAUCACAAACUCCCCUGGAUGGAGGCCAUCAUUUCGGUAUUACAGCCGCUGGAUCGCUUUGUUUGGGGCUGCCAUUUCUGUCAUACUGAUGUUCUUGCUCACCUGGUGGGCAGCUCUCAUUACAUUUGGUAUUAUCAUCUUCUUACUUGGCUACGUGACCUACAAGAAGCCAGAGGUAAACUGGGGUUCGUCUGUCCAGGCCAGUACUUACAACAUGGCUCUGUCCUACUCAGUAUCCCUAGCAGGGGUAGAAGACCAUGUGAAAAACUACAGGCCACAGUGCUUAGUUCUUACUGGUCCUCCAAGCAUGCGUCCAGCGCUUGUCGACUUUGUGGGUUCUUUCACUAAAAAUAUUAGUCUGAUGAUCUGUGGAGACAUUCUCAUGGUGGAUGAUAAGUCAGUCGUGUCCCAGUGUAAUAUGGAUAAUAUGGUAAAAUGGCUCAAUCAGAGGAAAGUUCGUUCCUUCUACACAGCCCUCAAAGCAGCCAGUCUGAGAGAAGGAACACGCCAUCUUUUGCAGGCCUCUGGUUUGGGAAAAUUGAAGCCUAAUAUACUUGUGAUGGGUUUCAAAAUGAACUGGCAGGAGAGCUCUCCCCAUAGCAUAGAGGACUACAUCAACACCAUAUAUGAUUCUUUCGACACAAAUCAUGGAGUCUGUGUUCUCCGUAUGAUGGAUGGACUGGACAUUAGAGACGAGUUACAGAGCGAGGUAAACCCAGCCUUUGAGGCAGAUGAGGCUAUUGAUUCAGAUCAGCAAAAUUCUGACAGAGAUUCAGAUAUUGACUACACAAAGAACAUUGAGAAUGAUCAGAUAAAAACAGUGUUCCAGAACAAACAGGGGAAGAAGACCAUAGAUGUGUACUGGAUAUCUGAUGAUGGAGGUCUGACUCUUUUAGUGCCGUAUCUGUUGAGCAGAAGGAAAUGCUGGAGACGCAGUAAAGUCAGAGUGUUCAUCAUUGGGGAACAGCAAACCAUGGAGGAGGAUCGCAAAGAAAUGAUGACUUUACUCCAGCGUUUUCGAUUGGACAUUCAUGAUGUUAUUGUUAUGACGGACAGUGAACGUCCACCACUUGCCAAAAACAUGAGACGCUUUGAGGACACUAUUGCCCCCUUUAGACUGAAUGAGGGACAGUUGGAUGAGAGAACAGCACAACAACAGAGGACAGCGUGUCCAUGGAAAGUUACAGACAAAGAGAUGGAUGCGCUGAGACUCAAGUCGGAGAGGAAAGUUCGACUGAAUGAAAUCAUAAGAAGGAAUUCUAAACACGCAGCACUGGUUCUUGUGUCUCUCCCUGUACCUCAGGCUGACUGUCCCAGUUCCCUCUAUAUGGCCUGGCUGGACACAUUAAGCUGCGGUCUGCACUGUCCCGCCCUUCUAAUACGAGGAAACCAACAAAAUGUCCUGACUUUCUACUGCCAGUAAAACAGACACGGUCAAAUACACUAUCACUCACAUAUGUAUUCACUUGUACUCAUUCAUUAACAAGUGUAUGCAGAGUUACUUACUUUUGUGCAAUUCAUGCUCUUAUUCAGGAAUUUUGUUAUGAAACAGUGUAGCAGCUCUAAAAAUGAUCACUGACAAAAAAUCUUGCUUGUAAAGUACAAGCAAUGUACUUUAUUUAAAGUAUUAUGUCACUUAAAAUGUCUGCAUGUCAUUGCAUUAGAUAAGAAAAUAUCAGUAACACUUUACAUUAAAGGUCUAGUUGUUAAAAUUACAAUGCAUUAGAUAUUGUGGAAUAACAAGGAACAAUGUAACCAAUGUACUCGGUUGGCAUCUAUCUCCACCUCAAUAAAACGGCAUAUGUCUUCAUUCGUUUAGUGCAAAUUAGCUUGGCACAGCCAUUGUUGUGGAUUUUGAGUAAGCCAUGACGUUGGUUUGCUUGGAAACAAAACAAGUUCUUCAAAUACAGUAUUCAUGGACAUGCUAAAUUUGAAUCUUUCAAAUUUAAAAUCUUUCCUUUACCAUGACAUUCUGUAUCAUUAGAUAAUUGAGGUUUAUUUUACACUAAGCAGUUCUCUAAUAAAGGUAAUAAUUGUCUUUAGAAAUAACAUGAAAUAUAGACAGUCUCCAAAGAUUAUUGAUAUGAGGGACAAUAAUAAUCUGUCCUUAACAGUAGAAGUCUGUUUGCUUGAAUUCUGACUUUUGUUUUCAGGCAAAGCAAUUAUAUUAUAGUAGUAAUAAAUAACUUUAUAACUUACCUCAAACUCCAACAUUUUCCAGAUGCAAAUGAUAUUCCAGAGCUGGGGUGGGGCAGCAGAGACGAUCAUGCUGAUCCAUGUCGAUAGAUGGCAGUACAGCAUCUAACACCACUGUCACAUUGGUACUUAAAGUACAUGAAGAAGAGCAAUGCUAAUGCUAGCUAGAGAACUACUGAAUGCCCCUUCAACUUGCAUUGACAAAUACAGCCUUUAUUGUAAAGUGUUACUAAAAUAUCAAAAGAAGUGUGCUUGGGCUUUUCUUAGAACACCAUAUUGCAAUGACUUUCAAGAAACUGGUGUCAAGGUGAAUUUUAGUGGGUUUGCUGUAUGAUGUCAAUUCCCCUCAAGUUCAUACAGGUGUCCUUGCGGAGUUAUCAGGUAUAGUUCAGCACAUUAAAAAUGGACAUUGUAAUGUAGGACUGAAUAAGCAGGAGGUUGUGAGGAUUUAAGUGCAGCUCUCCUCUAUUUUAAGUGCAAAGAACAAACACGACAAAACAAAGAAACAAAGCUCACCAACAUCACGUCCAUACAUGACACCAAACAAUGUGUGACAAAGACAGAGAGAGCUAGAGGGCUGUAAAUACAAGACAGAUGAGUUAACAAGAAAAUCAAGAGAGACACAAUCAGUGGCAUAACUGGCAGCAGUGGGACAGAUGCAGAAUAUGGGGGGGGGGGGGGGGGUUGUCAUCCAUUAUAAGUGUUGGAGGGGUUGAGGAGGCCAAUUGCACCACCUUUUGUGAGCUGCUGGCAUUGCAUACCUUGCAUAUAUGGUUUUUGCGCCUCUGUGCACACAAAUACAAAAACACUCCAUGCCUUUUUGUGUUUAUUUCAGAUGUAACACAUUUUAUAUAUGUUAUGAUUCUUAAUUCUUUAUUUCCAUGUGAUUGAACAGCUUAAAAUAUUUUAUAAUUUAAUGUUCACGAUUUUUUUGACCUUAAUAUAACUAGCCAUCAGUCACAAUUGAGAUAAAUUGUAUAUUUCACCUUGAAAAAGCUUAUCAUGUUAAUCAUAAACACAUUAAUCUAGUAUUUAUUCACAAUAAAAUUGUAACAUCUUUAAAUUAAUUUCAUCUUUUGACACUAACAUGUAAUCUUUACAUAGAAUUACCAAAUAAAAGCAUUUUUAUCAUUUUA